AAGGGGCGGGGGCAAGGAGCGGUCAUAGAAGUUGGAGUUCCUCUGCCCUAGAGCAGCUACCAGGAAGUGAGUUCCGUUUCCCUUUCCGGCUCGGCUUCUUGGGUUGGUCCGCGAUGGAGUCGGUGCUCAGCGAAGUGGUGGCGUUGGACGAUUUGCAGAGAUUUGAGAAGAAGUACAAUGCCGAGCUGAGUGCAGGCAGCGUUUCCAAAGGGACCACGUUCGAGUACGCCUGGUGCCUGGUCCGCAGCAAAUACAGCGAGGACAUCAAGAGGGGAGUUGUGCUCCUGGAAGAUCUGUUGCCUAAAGGGAGCAAAGAAGAGCAGCGGGACUAUGUCUUCUACCUCGGGGUGGCCAAUUACCGGCUGAAGGAGUAUGAAAAGGCACUGAAGUAUAUCCGGGGACUGCUGAAGACAGAGCCCAACAACACCCAGGCUUUGGAGCUGGAGAAGCUCAUCAAGAAGGCCAUGCAAAAAGAUGGCCUUGUCGGCAUGGCGAUAGUCGGCGGGAUGGCGCUGGGCGUGGCCGGCCUGGCCGGCCUCAUCGGCUUGGCGGUCUCCAAGUCGAAAUCCUAACUGGCCCCUUGGUUCUCGGCCGGGGCCCGCCUGACCGGCUGCUGAGAACUGAACGCUGCAGAGAAGCCGAAGGACCAUUUGGAAAGAAAGAAAAAAAGCUCCCCUGAAAGCCACUAACCUGACUGAUUCCUGGCUGCCCAUCACACUUGGCGGGGGGCCCCAAUGGCCGUUCAGCUCCGAUAGAAGAUUAGGGGGGGUCUCUUUGGGGGGGGGCUGGGGGGGAGGCAGAAUGGAUGAGCUCCAAUAACCCAACUCUCACGCUGCGUAACCCAGGGUUGUACCCACCCCACACCCUGUUCUGUUUCUCAUGGGUGGUUGCGUGCAGGUGACAUUAAUUCCCCCCACCUUGCUUGUGUUCACUGCUCAACGUCCGCAAGGACUUGGAAGGCCGUAUUGCCUGCUGCUGGAUAGCUGCGGGGUGGAUUCUAGCUGCAGAGAGCCUGUCUCUGCUUCCUUGGCUUGUGUGUUUCACGGCUGCAACUGAAUGCCAGGGAAGAGGGCCAUGCUAAAGCUGCAGCCUACCUCCAACAGGGAGGGCUGCUUCGCUUCCCUGGCAGGCCGCAGUUCCUCUGUCCCGCGCAUGAGCAUGCCACCAGUGCCCCCUCCCCAAGUCCCCAAAGCACAAGCAACCGGUCUUCACAAGUACACGCCCUCUUGCGUGCUUACGGGACUCUCAUCCCAUCUCGGCCCUCUCUUCCCAUCUCCCGCCUACGCUUAAUGAUGAGGGUUCUGGUUAUUUCUGCCCCUUUCCUUUUUUGGCGCCAGAGGAGAUGGUGAGCACACCGUGAAUGCCACUUGCCUUGGCUUAUAGUGGAUCAUGGUAUGCUUGUGUGUGUGUGAGAGAGACUCGGGUCUGUAGGAUAUUCAGUGAAGGAGAAGAGAGUUUUUAGGCUGCUUUGUUGUAGUGCAUCUGCUUCUGAGAUGGUGGAGGGUUAUUCUUGGAAAAACUCCCAAACUGGCCUGGGAGAGGGGAGCUUCUUGGCCAAUAGAUUGAUGCUGUGAUGAGUGUGGAGAGACUGCAAGAUUAGAGACAAUGGCAGUGCUUCUCUUUCUGGUAUCUAACCUCCCUGCUCAUCUAACAGGUGCUUUUCUAUUGUUCCCUAGCCUCUGACUGGUGUGAGGCAGGAAUGCAAAUAAAAAGUUGAGAUACAGA